AUGAACCCCAUGCGGAUCACAAGCAGACAUUUUUUACUAAAAUGGCUGAACAGCGUUGAGGUUCCCAUACAAAAAAUUGAAGACAUAGGAAAAGGAGUGGCACUCUGCACUCUAAUGAAGAAAUUGGACCAGGAGUUCCCAGCAUUUAAGAAAGAACCCUGGAAUGAAAAUGACUACAUGCACAAUCUCAAACUGGUGCAGAUGUUCUUGUCUAAGAAGGGAGUUAAAAUGUACUUUCCAAUUGAGAAAAUGAUAAAGCUGAAAAUGCAAGACAACCUUGAAGUUAUUCAGAACAUUUACAAAUUUGUAGUGAGGGAAAACCCGGCUCUGGGAUUAAAUGAAUAUGGCCCAGAUAGGAAACCUUGCGAAAGUGAAGCAAAUGAAACACAAACCAACACUUCAGUCGAAAAAAGAACACACCUCAACAAUCCAUCCCCUCGAAGACUUCAAAUGGAAGUGAAGGAGAAGCAAAACGAUAUAGAAAAAGCUCAAGGAAUGCAUAGCAGUAAUUCAAAAUGA